CAGCCUUCUCAUUCACAAAAAUAUACUCAUACAAGUGAUUCGUGAUGAGUAAGAGAAAAGGGAAAGAAGUCGUGAAACCCAAAGUGGCGGAACAAGAUGGCACAUCUGUUCAUUCUCCUUGCAAACCUCCCCCUUCCUCUUCUUCCUCUCUAAAGGAUCUAGACCAGGUUGAAUUGGAGCUUCAACUAUUGCUAGCUUUUGAAUUUUAUCCUCCAAUUAAGCUUCAAGGAGUACAUCGUCACUUUGUCCUUUAUGGUCUGAUGGAAUAUCUAAAGAGGAGUUUUGAUAGACACUUCACUGCUGAAGAGGUCCUUGAAUUGGUGGGACGGUUCUACAACAUAGAAAUGCUGAAAUCAGACGACGAUGAGAUCGAUGAGCUUAAUAAUGAAGAAGAUUUUAGGUUACCUCAGAGUUUCUUUGCCAAGGACGAACCCUGAGUUAUAAUUUUUGUAAUACUGGUUAUUAUUAUAUUCCGUCAUUGUCUUUUCUCCUCAUUUUGGGUUGGAUUAUGUUUUGAUGAUGGUUCUUUAUCAUUUCUGUUAACUUAUGGUGGUUCUUAUCUCAUA